UGUGGAGGGCUGGGAAGUCAAGGGUAGUGUCACAAGUACGGGCAGCGAAGACUGCUGCUGAGAGAUUAAAAUUAAAACUCAGCAACGUCCCAUCAAUUCAAAUGUGGAACACUUGGGUUAGGAGCAAGACUACCUCAAGUUUCAUGGAAAUAAGUAAUAGGUACCGAGAGCUGAGAAAAAAUCAGAUUCCUCAUACCACCAGCCGCAAAGGAAUGAUUCGUUUAGCUUAUGAUAUGAAAAAAAGAGUCAAGACCCGAAAAAAGUGAGUACGAGUAAGGUAUGGAUUGCGGGACAUACUCUCGCUGAUGGUAGACCCGUGAAGCCUCAAUAUGCUGAGACUAUUGAACAAAUCCAGUCACUUGAUAGUCAAAUGGACUCUACAUCAGCUGCUGAUAACAUAAGGGAGGAUGCUGUCACCAAGAUUUUGGGAAAAGACAAACCUGGACGAGUAAGGGGGGUUUGGUAGAGGGAUUACGGCUACUAAACUAGCAUUUCUGCAAUCUAGAGACGCAAAGAUUGCUGAUAUGGCUAGUGAGAUUGAAGAGUUGAAGGGCAUGGUCCGAGAGUUAGCUGGAAAGAAGAAAACUAAUGGUGAGACUGAAACAUCUGAGACAAGUGCUGGAUUCAAAGAAGGAGUGAGAGUACAAAUACUGGAUUGGUUUGAAUCAGAAGAUGUAGUUGUUGGUGAAGGAGAAUUUUGCUCUGAUGAAACGAUGUACAAAAUUGGUCGUGUGCCUAUUGGUCCUAAUGCAGUGGCUGUUAUUGUUAAGUCUGCAUUAAUCUCGGAAGCUUUUCUCUGGAGGCCUACGACAGAUGUAUUAUCUCUUGAGGACGCUGUGGGAUGCAAAGUAGCUUGGCCAAUAAAUAAAGUGGUUUUGGAUAGGAAUCCAUUAGCGUCUCAAGAUGUAUCGAUGCAACACAAGGAAGGUGAAACUCGAAGAUGCAAAAUCUAUGACUGGACUUCAGAAGAAGAAGAGGUUAUUGCUGAAGGUCUCCUGUGCUCAUCUAAUUCCAAAGAGAUGGUUAACAAUAUACCUCUGGGUCCAAAUGCGGUGAGCAUUGAAGUGGUGAAGGUGUUUAAAGAUAAUGCUCAUUUGUGGAGGCCAACUGCGGAGAUGUUUUUGAUUGGUGAUGCAAUUUACGAGAAAAUCGCAUGGCCACUCCUCAAGAUUGAAAUCAUGGCUUCGAUCACUACAGCUGCAACACCUGCAAAACCUGCAGCCACGAAAACAGCAUCACCUACCAAACCAGGAAAGAAAAAAGCAAUGAGUCCAGGCAGCACUGGUACCACCAAAAGUGCAAAGCAGAAGUGUAUUAUCUUCGACUACAGCAACACCGGACGUAAGGUAGCUGAAGGAAGAGUGGCUUCAACAGAUCCGAAAGAGCUGUGUCACUUUGUGCCCUUGGGUCCAAAUGCAAGCAAGGUGUGGGUUGAAGUGGCUAAGAUUGGUGAUGCAAAGGUGUGGAGGCCAAAUUCAGAGAUUGAAUACAUCUCUGAUGCAAUAGGUUCGGUUGUGGCAUGGCCAAAUGAUAAACUGAAGUUGGUGUGAAAGUCUGAAACAAUGUAUCUCUAGUUGUGUUCUUUUUCUCGACGGCUCUAGUAGUAUUUCUAGUUUGAACUUAUCUGAAGUUAUGUGUAAUAUUUAUGUGUGAUAUUAUGUGUAAGUUCACAAACAAAAAACAAAUAUUAUGUGUAAUAUUAAGAUAUAAUCUUGUGUACU